AUGAUGGACUAUGCCGGGAGUCAGCUCAAUUGGCCCCAGAGCGAAGCGAGACAGCCCAUCGACGAUUAUGACGCGGAAGCCGAGGCUGAGGCCAACAAGCAACGCCGGAAAGUCCAGAACCGGAAGAAUCGAAGGGCACACCAAACCCUUAUCGGAUUACGGCUCAAGCCAGAGACUCGGGCAAUAGUCAGGAGCGGCGCCCAUUCCAGGUUAGGCGCUGGCGCCUCGACGAGUUCGACCAUAUUCCCUCCCAAGAAAUCUCGGGAGCAUCUUCAGAGUACACAGGCAUAUCACCCUCCACAGUCAAGCGUUAAGUCGUCCUACGAGAAUUCGUCAUCCACUGCACACAUCCACGCCCCCGUCAAAUUGGACCCCAAGCCCUUUACUUUCCCCCUCUCCUUAGACCACCUCCUUCAUCUCAUCCAAUAUAACGUAUUUCGCGCCUUCAUAUUUAAUAUGCAUGCCCUCAACACCGUACCCGCCGACUCGACCAUCUGCACCAUGGCCUCGCCCUGCCGUGACGACACGGCCCUUUACCCCCUCAAGCCUGACAUCCCUCCCUCUCUCAUCCCGAUCGCCCUCCAGUAA